AUGGCGGCAAUAGGAGAGGGCGUGGCCACCCAUGUCGCGGAAUCAUUGGUAGAUAAAGCAAUGAAGGAACUCAAAUACUUGUGUUGUUACAAGACAUAUGUCGAUGACUUUGAAGAGGAGAAGAAAAGUCUGAGUGCAAGAAAAGAAACAGUGCUUAAAGAUAUUGAAGAUGCCAAGCACCGAAAUGAGAAUCAGGUCGAGGAUGAAGUCGAACUGUGGCUAGACAGAGCCAAAGAUCUCAUAGAAGAAGACACAAAAGGAAAGAAGAAAUGGUUUGGUUUGGUCACUAAUUGCUUUUGGCAGUACAAGCGAGGCAAGGAGCUGCAAGGGAAGAUGCAAACGAUUAAACGACUGAUGGAACAGAGUAACUUCGCUCGUGUUGCUCGUUCAACUGGGCUUCCAGGCAUCGAGUUCUAUUCUUCUUCAAAUUUUAUGACUUUUGAGGAUAGAAAGUUGAUCUCUGAGAAGCUGAAGGAGGCAUUGAAAGAUGACAACAAGUUUGUGAUUGGAUUGCAUGGGCUUGGCGGAACAGGGAAAACCACAAUGGCAAUAGAAGUAGGUAAAGAUGUUGCCGGCUCAAAGUUGUUUGAUAAAGUCAUCUUCAGUGUUGUCUCAAAGGAUGUAAGCUUGAAAAAGAUUCGGGGAAACAUUGCAAAACACUUGGAUUUUCCUUUAACGGAGGGAAUGGAUGAAUCUGAGCAAGCACAAGAAUUGUGGAAAAGAAUAGCAGAAGGUGGAGAAAAGGUACUUAUAAUACUAGAUGACGUGUGGGAAAAGCUUACACCGCGAGAUAUAGGGAUUCCUCUGGGCCGCCAUGGCAAGGGUCAUUGUGCUGUUUUGCUAACCACACGUGAUUGGAGAGUUUGUAGAGAUAUGGGUUGCCAUCAGAUUAUUGAACUUAAGGUCUUAAAUGAAGAGGAUGCAGUUAAUCUUUUCCUAUCUUAUGCUGGCAUGAGCAUAGAUGGUGCUUCCAAUGGUUUUAAGUGUGUGGCUAGAGGUAUUGUGAAGGAGUGUGGAAGUUUACCAGUUGCAAUUGUAGCAGUUGCAAGUGCACUAAAGUCUAGGCCUUUAGCAGAAUGGCAGGAUGGUUUGAAAAGAUUGCAGAGUCAUGAGCAAAUUCGUGAUAUUAAAGAAGAUUUAAAACAUGCUUAUAAUUCUUUGAGAUUAAGCUAUGAUAAUCUCAAGAAUGAAAAGGCCAAAAAACUCUUUCUCCUAUGCUCUCUCUUCCCUGAAGAUUAUGAAAUACCUAUAGAACUUUUAACUAGAAUUGCUAUAGGUCUUGGGCUUUGUGGAGAAGCUAACAAAUACUCUGUUGCAAGGAGUCAUUUCACUCCAAUUAAAAAUGUGCUCAUAGAUUCUUGUUUAUUAUUAAAGGCUGAGAAUGAGUGUGUCAAGAUGCAUGACUUGGUUCGGGAAGUAGCUUUAUGGAUUGGAAACAAACAAGUUCAAGUAGCCAUGGCUUCCAACACAACUUUAAUGGAGAACAUCCAAUAUUCAUCAUGGAACAUAACUGACCUUCCAAACCAUUUUGAGGGUCGAAACCUUGAGGUUCUUUUAGUUUGGAUAAACAAUACAAAUUCUCUUCAAGUCAAAGUUUCAAAUACUAUCUUUGAAGAGAUGGUGAAUCUUAAAAUUUUGGCUUUAAUAAGUUCGUCAACAUUGGAAAUUUCAGCUACAUCCUUAUUUCAACCACCUUUGUCACUGGCAAAUAUUCGAACUUUAGCCAUAAAAAAGUUUGAGUCAUUAGGAGAUAUAUCUAUUUUGGCAAAUCUAAAAAACCUUGAGAGCCUUGAAUUGAACAAAUGUUCAAUUAUUGAAUUGCCAAAAGAAAUUGAAGAAUGUCAAAAAUUGAGAUUGUUGGAGAUGGUAGGAUGUUCUUUUACGGGAAGAAAUAAUCCUUUUGAAGUGAUUGGAAAUUGCUCACAAUUAGAGGAGUUGUAUUACGUUUCAAAUCGUGUGGACGGUUAUUGCGGGCAAAUCACAACACUUCCUACAUUGCAAAAGUAUCAUAUAAAGGGUUGGGAUGGUUUUUAUUUUUAUGAAGUGGAUUUUUCAUUAUCUAGAUAUUUUGAUUCACAGCACUUAAGAGUAGACUUCUCCAAUGAAAUAUUUAAACUCCUGGUGGCAAGAACAGAAGUUUUGAUGUUAGGAGGAGAUUACUACAAUAGAGGAUGGACAAAUAUUAUUCCUGACAUAUUAUCUGUGGAGGAUGACAACAUGAAAGAUCAAUUAACUAGGCUCUCUUUGGAAUCUAUGAAUGAGAUAAAGUGCCUAAUCCAUACCGAGAAUCUCCGACCUGGUGUGGCUAUCUUUUCCAAGUUGGUUGCACUGCAGCUUCAUUCUGUGGCUGUGAGAGAACCAUGCCAUGGGCCUUAUCCUGUCGACUUUUUGAAGCAAUUGAAGGAGUUGCAUUUAUCUGAAUGUGAACAAUUGGAAGGCACGUUAUUUGAUGGCAAGCUAGAGCUGUGUAAUCUUAGGUCAAUAUAUUUAUAUCAUUGUUCAAUGUCAUGUCUUUUUCAUGCAUCCACAGCACAGAGUCUAAAGCAGUUGGAAACAUUGGAAAUUAGAAGAUGUUUGAAGUUGAAAUACAUAGUAGCAGGGACUAUGGAUGAUCAGGAUCCUAAUCAAAAGAGUCAUGACUCAAUGUUGCCAAAAUUGAAAUAUCUCACGGUCUACUAUUGUGCUGAAUUAGAAUUUAUAUUGCCAAUAUGCUUUUGUGAAGACCUUCCACUACUAGAAAGUAUGUACAUUCAAGAUUGUGAGAAACUGAAAUACGUAUUUGGGCAAUAUCCAAAGCAUAGAGAUUUGCACCAAAUGGGGAAAGAAGCCAUCCUCCAGUUGCUAGAAGUAUUGGACAUUGAUGGGGUACCGAAUUUCAUCAACAUAUAUGUAGAAUGUUAUCUCCCACAGCCUUGUUCUGAUGAAGUUCAAAAGUCAUCUCCAAGUGCAAAAGCAGACGGCAGUAGCAAUCUAUCAAGGGGUCAUCUAUGUUGUUUUUGGGCAAAAUCAAAAGCCUCAACUGUACGUCACACUUCUGCUCCCAUGGACACUCAAUCAAACCAUAAUCAGGCAUUAAAGGUGAAAUAUGUUGUCAACAGAGCUCAUGGUCUUUUCACGCUACCAUUAUACCCAUAUAGAAGUUUGAGAAGCAUAGAGAUAAAUGGAUUUUCUACGUUAAAGUCACUCUUUACGAUAUCCAUUGCCUCAUCAUUGAAAUUGCUGGAGUGGUUGAUAGUUGGAAAUUGCGAUGCACUAGAGCACAUAGUAACAGAUGAGGAGCAUGGUCAUGAUCGUGGGAAUGUUAACUCUAUUUUCCCAAACUUACGGAAGGUUCGUGUCUAUGGCUGUAGCCACUUGGAAUACCUUUUCCCAGCUUUUUAUUCAAAAGACUUCAAGCAUUUAGAAUCUGUGGACAUCACCAAGGCUGGAAUGUUGACACAUGUCUUUGGAGAAUGCCGUGCUGAUGAGAAUCUCAAUGUUCAGGUUGAUAUUAAUCUCCCAGCUCUGAAAUGGCUAGACCUUGAUGAUUUACCAAAUAUGGUUGGCAUUUGUGCUAAAAACUAUUCUGUGAAGGAACUAUAUCUAGAAGACAUUACGUUGAAUGAAUGCCCACGUUUGAAAACUUUGAUGGACUUAUUGGUUGAUGGGCAUAAAAGACAAGAAGAUUUGUCAAGGAGAAAGGCAUUAACUCUUGAGAAGAAAGGUAAACCACUAUCCAACACGCAAGAAUUGCCCAAGUUAGAGGAUAUUGGUGUGGAACCUAUUAUUUACAUGAGCUUUCAAAAUCUUUCCGAGCUAACAAUCCAGGGAUGCAAGCAUUUGAAAUUUAUCUUUUAUGCAUCUACCUCCAGAUGGCUGCAAAAACUGAAGAAGUUACGGGUAUCUGAGUGUGAAGAGCUAGUGAGCAUUAUGGAGGAUGAAGAGAAUCACAAAAAUCCUAUGACUCCGCAUCAAGUAUGUUUCCCAGAGCUACGCGGAAUUACAGUGGCGCAUUGCAUAAGUUUGAAAUGCUUGUUCCCUCUGUCAUGUGGUAAGCUUCCACGACUCUGGUAUGUGGAUAUAGAAGAUGCCCCUCAGCUUGAGCAAGUAGUUGGAUGGAAGCAGGGAGUGGGACAGAAGCUGGUCAUGGAGGAUGUGCUUCCAAAACUAAGUGUAGUAAGACUAGUAAACCUGCCGACUCUUCAUACUAUCUGUCAAGGGAUUGAUUUUCAUAGUGUUAAAAUCCGUCAUGUGCGUCAAUGUCCUGCUAUUUCUUUAUCAACUUCUUAUGAUAGCCGCGAUGAACUGUAUGCAUUACGAGAUCAACUACCGUCUGUUGAGGGCUACGCCUACUCCUUCCACCCAAUGCAUCUUUCUUGCUGGGGUCUUGCGAAUCUUGGGGAAUCUGAGCGUGAAGAGGCAUCCGAGGUUAUUGAAGAAGACCCCAUAGUUUCACCAAAAUCGCCAGAGAUUAAAAGAAAGCAAUCAUCACAAGCAGAUAUUGGACAAGACUCAACAACAAUGCCCCAGCAGGAUGAUGAUUCAUCAAAUUCUGAAAAUAAUCUCAAAGAAACUUUUGGAGAAGGUCCUUCAUCAGAGAGAUAUGACAAACCAAGUUCAUCAACUUAUUCAAAACCAAAAAUUGAAAAAUCUUACACAUCAGCUCCUUCUAAGGAGUUAUGUGGAAAGGAAUCAAUGGGUGAUGAACAAGCACUUGGAGAAAGUAGAAGUUCCAAUGAAGCUCCUCAAAGAGUUGAUGAACCUACCAAUGAAUUCCCUUCCAAAGAAAAAUCAAAAGAAAUGGCAUUGAUGAUUCCACCAUCUAUUACUGGAAGGACAUCUCCACCGAUUUCUUCUACCUCUUCUCCCAAAAUACCUCAUUUAGCAACUUUAGCUACUCCCGAGGAAAUGGAAUCAGGCAGCUCAACUGCUACUGAUCAACCUGCACCAGCUCAAAUUAUGGUCAGUCAAAGAGAGACCACCAUUGAUGAUGAUCUUAUUAGAUUAUUUGAAAUAAUGAAGGAUGGUUCUAGGUUGGAAGUUGGCCAACCUUAUACUUCCAAAAUUACUACUUUUGAAGAUGACAGGGUGGCUAUGGCCUUUGCUGACAUAGAAUCCUCAUUGAAAAUGGAUCUCCAUCAGAUAGCUAACUCAGAAGAAUACACUCAUCCCCUUAAGAAUGCACUCAACUUCUUGUCCACUCAUUUUUCUGAAGAAGAACAUUCCUCUCACGGCCUUAUUAGAGGCAAAAUAGACUCUCUCCAUCAAGAAAUCCAAAGAAUUCUCUCAUCCUUCAAGCAAGCUUAUGAUAACCUUGACACGUUCACCAAGCUAAAAGAAAAAGAGAAGUGGAUUGAUGAACAAUAUUCUGAAAGGGAGGAAGCAGCUAGAACUCUUGUGUCUGAAAUCCACAAUACUAAGGAUUAUAUGACUGAACUGAAGGAGCAAAUCUCUAGAUUGCAGGCUGAAUUGAAAAGCAAAGAGAAAGAAUUUCAAGACUGUGAAAUCAAAUUGUCAUCUCUUCAAAGGCAAAAGAAGGAAUGUGUUUUGGACACCAUAGGGUUCAUGGAAGAGUACGAGGCUGUGAGGAAAGACAAGGCCUAUGUAGUGGAUGGCCAAACAAAAGCAGGCCAAGAAUUAAAAGAGUUGGAAAAUCAAUGGCCUUCUUGCGUGGCUAAUUUGAGGAAAACUACACUUUUGUUGGGAAUGAUUCUUAAGCAGAAGCUUUGAUUGGUGGGGAUUGUUUAUGUAAAUAACACAAAAAUAGCAUUAAAAUACAAAUUUCUAGAGCGUCGGCAAAGUACUUUUCAAUGUAUUGAUCAGAUUACCAUAUGUGUUCAGGUUGGGCGCGUUACCAUUGUGGGUGAUUUUCACUUAGUUCAGAGUGUGGGUUGAUUUAGCACUUGAGGAAGAGUCAUUAUCAUGUACACUGAUUAUGUUAAAAGUAAAACUAGAAUUUGGACCACAUCUUGGUGCCUUAAA